UCCAACCCGGUGUAUAUCUGUAUGUACAUUUAUUAUAUACACCGAAUUGAUCCUGAAUUGAUCCUGAAUUUCGUUCCUAAUGUACACUCGGUAAUAAAUCCCUUUGAUCUGCGACUGGCGGUUCGUUUCACCAACCGCAAGUCUUUCAGUUUAUCGGUGGAGCGCGCGCAGCGAGACAAUUGUAUACUGAAAUGUUGCCGGUAAAUUAUCCGGUUUUUGCACGGAAUAUGUUCCUUUACUUGUGUUUGACUGUACUGUUUAUCAGCGUGUGCCGGGUUUUGGCUGACGACGACGAUGGCUCCUUUGUGUGGAGCAGCAGCAGCGCCUCCAACAAGCCCAAUUCGCGCUCCAAAGCCCGCGUCAUGGUGGGCCGCAACCGCCUCAGCUCGCCCCGCAACCGCGGCCUGUUGGACGAGCUGUUCGGCGGCAGCAGCACCUCCCUGGAGAACAACUUCCUCACCAUCCAGAGCAGCAACACCAAGAUCACCCAGACCAACGGUCUCCCGCCGCAAGCCGCUUUCGCCCCGAACCUGGCUCCCAACCCUCUCCCCGACAACUGCGAGUGCGUGGCGCCCAACGAUUGCCGAGACAUCUCCGGGCUGGCGCGGAGCACCCGGAGGUUCCAGCAGAACUUCUGUGCCAUUGGGACGGUCCCGUGUUGUGCUGAUCAACGUCCGGGACCCGGGCCGGUGGUCGGCGGGGGUCCGGGCUUCGUCGGAGGAGGCCCCGGGAUCGGUGGAGGUGGUCCUAUCGUCACCGGAGGUGGUCCGGCCAUCGGCGGCGGCGGUCCCGGGUUUAUCGGCAACGGCGGUCCGGGUUUCGUCGGCUCCGGUCCACGCCCCGUUAUCACCAACGGUGGACCGCCUCCCCUCCCCGCCGGACCCCGCCCCGUGCCGAUCGGCGGCCCCGGAGGUGGCCAGAUCCUGCCGAUGGGGCAGUGCGGCCGCAAAGGCGGGAAUCCGUUGGCGCGGGUGUUGGAUGCGGAGAUGCCGGAGAACGUGGCGGAGUUCGGGGAGUAUCCGUGGAUGGCCGCCAUUCUCCGCCGCGACCUGACGUAUGUGUGCGGCGGCGCCCUCAUCGACGUGAACCUGGUGGUUACGGCAGCCCACUGCGUGGCCAAGAUGAAGUUUGAGCCGUUGAUUGUGCGGCUGGGAGAGUUCGACGUGUCCGAGACGCAGGAGCCGCCGUUCCAGGACAUCCCGGUGCGCAGCGUCAUCAUCCACGCCGGCUACCACUCGGGGACGCUGCGCAACGACAUCGCCAUGCUGGUGCUGGACGGGAUGGCCGCCUUCAACGGCUACAUCAAGCCGGUCUGCCUGCCGCCCCCGGGGGAUCUCGCCGGGGCGCCCUGCACCGUCACCGGCUGGGGCAAACACCGUCCCGGAGCACGAUUUUCGCAUAUUUUACGGGAAGUGGACCUGCCGGUGAUCGGCAACGGGCAGUGCGAGAACAUGCUGCGCCAAUCAGCGGAACUGGGGCCGGAUUUUAAUCUGCAUCCCAGUAUGCUGUGCGCCGGACUGCCCGGCAAAGACGCCUGCUCCGGCGACGGCGGAAGUCCGUUGGUGUGCCAAGUGGACGGCGCCUGGCGCUUGGUCGGCCUGGUGUCAUGGGGCAUCGGAUGCGGCCAGUACCCGGGCGUGUACACCCGCGUCAACGCCUUCGUCCCCUGGAUGAUGGACCUGGCGCAGCGCAACUAACCAACCCAACCCGGAAAUCAACCGGCAACCGGCGCUUAUAUAAACGCCGUAAAUUGCACUCACUCUGUUGUGAUAUAUACGCGUCCCAAAAUGCUUCCGGCUACGCUGGCGUAGCCCACUGAUUUGUAACUGAAUUUUAUUUCUCUGCCCGCCAAAAACAACAACAGAUUAAAGCUUGUAUGCGCAUUG